AUGCCAUCCUUGACUGGAAGACCAAAAUUCCUAGAGAGAUCAAGGAAGGGACCACACAGCAGACAGAACAGCUACCUUGGAUCACUAUAUCCUUAUAUCUCCAUGACUGCAGAAGUUGUAUUGGCAUUGCCUGUUUCAAAUUCAUGGCCCGAAAGGGGAGCAAGCAAGAUCAAAUUGAUAAAGUCCAGGGUUGGGAGUCGUUUGAAGAAUGAUCUACUCAAUUCCCUUCUGCAGAUAUCAAUAAAUGGCCCUGAUGUCUUCUCCAAGUAGAAUGAUUAUGUAAUCGAAGAGCAGUAAGGCUGUGGAUGAAUGUGAAGAAAAAGAAGAAGGUUGCCUACAAGACAAGUCGAGGAGCUGUAGGGCCACACGCAGGGCAAAAUGGUCGGCUGUAGCAUUACAAGCAGGCCAGAAUGAACAAGCCAAGUCAGUUACCCAAGUAGAAGCAGGUACACACACAGAACAGGGUUAGUUGAACUUGUGGAUUCCGAGAAAGAACAAGAAGAAGUGGCAGCAAAAGUGUUCUGUUUAGACAAGGAAAAUGAAGAAUCUGACAGUGAAGGGGAUGACAGUGGAUGGGAGGACGAUGACGAUUAUGAAGACUACUUUUCUGACUGA